AUGAAACUUGCUGUAGGCUUUAUUAUAGCCUGUUUAUCCUUAACAUACGCAUUUGUCGAUAAUGACAUAGCAUUAGCUAAUGCGCAAGCUAACGCCGAAGCAAAUGCAAAAUCAUCCGCGCAAAGUGAAACAAGCGCUAGUGCUCCAGCUCUAAGUCAUACAUACGAAAAAGAUGUAUUUUCUGCUGCACAAGCAACAGCCAAUGCAGACGCUACAAGCGCAGGAAAUGCGUUAGCUGAUGCACAAACAGCAGCUAGUGCGAAUGCCAUAUCUCGUAGAGAAAAGACGUUAGCUAAUACACAAGCAGCAACUACUGCAAACGCCGCAAGCUCAUCUCGUAGAGGAAAUGCAUUAGCUAAUGCAGAAGCAGCAGCCAGUGCAAACGCCGCAAGUUCGUCUCGUGGAAGAAAUGCAUUAGCUAAUGCACAAGCAGCAGCCAGUGCAAACACCGCAAGUUCAUCGCGUGGAGGAAAAGCGUUAUCCAAUGCAGAAGCAGCAGCCAGUGCAAAUGCCCUAAUGCACAAGCAGUAG